AUGAGCCAAAAGGCCACUCCGACAAACCGCCGGGUCUCGCUGGCCUGCGUGCCCUGCCGCUCCAAGCACUUACGCUGCGACGCAACAACCCCAGUCUGCGCCCGCUGUCGCUCCGAAGGCCUACAAUGCGUCUACGCCAAAUCUCGUCGCGGCGGCCGACGGGCGCGACACCCUCAACCUGAACCUCAACUUCCCUCAGAUAACUCGCUUUCAGCCCAGCGACCGAUCCCAAAUACUUCAGCCCCGCCCAUUGCGCCCUGCCCCGCCGCUCUAACAGAUGAUGACCGCAGCACCUCGCGGAACAGCAACAGCAACAGCAACAGCGACGCCCUCAGUGACUCAUCGCUCCCAGAGCAGUUCAUCGCGCGAUACUAUUCCUUCUUCCAUUUCGCGCACCCCUGCGUUCUCCCGCAGUGGGCGCUGAAACGGCGUCUUGCGAACGACCCCCAGCCGCUGCAAGCCCUCGUCGCCGUCUUGCAGUAUAUCGGCUCGGUGUACGCGAAGUCGGCAUUAGCUGCGUCGCUAAAGGUUGAGGCAGAACAGGCCAUCUCUACUCUAGCAACGAAUGGAAAUGGCAGUGGCAGUGCCAUGUUUACCGGGUUCGACGUCCAGGCGGUUUUACUCUUCUCGAUCGCGAUCUACUGGGGCAAUGAGCCGGAGAAGUCCAUGACUUUGCUCGAUCGAGCGAUUGCGAUGGCUCUGCAGCUGGGUAUGCCAUCUAAGGAGUUUGCCUGUAGUAAUGGCGACAAUGACCCGCUGCUGGAGGAGUGCUGGCGCCGGACCUGGUGGCAGAUUUAUAUGACCGAUGCGCAUAUUGCAGGCAGCACGAGCACUUAUCCCUUCCGGACGAGUGGGAUGGAUAUGAGUGUUGAUUUGCCUUGUGAUGAGGAUGCGUAUGAGAGUGGUAAAAUACCUACUCCGCGAACACUCCAGGACUACGAUAUGAGGGAGUUCCUAGACGACGACGAGCGCAUGUUCUCCUCGUAUGCUGAACUCGUUGGUCUAACGCGCGGACUCGAUCUCGCGCUCGCAACGCGCCAGGGCAUGACUAUCACCAAUGCCCCGACGAUAUGCGCCAACGCUGAUGCCGCUGUGACGGCGUGGCGCUCGCUACUGCACCCUUCGAAGAAGGAGAUCGUGCGGGAGGAUGGGACUGUCGACGAACUCCUCUUCAAAGCCAGCAUCAUCAUCCAGACCUACAUCGUCGACAUCCACCGCCAACUCUCAACGCUCGCAUACAGUCCAAUAGAAGCAAUAGCGCACUGCUCACCCCCGCCACCACCAGAAAGUCUACGCGGGUGCAACUCGCCCCAGUGCCAGCUACACACAGCCAAAGUCCUGCGCGCAAUUGACCAGUUCGACGACCUGCUUACGCUGCCGACGAAUAUCACCACCCACACCCCGUUCAUCAUCUGCAUGAUCUCGAACCUGGUCAUCGCGCAUCUCGCGGCGUGUCGAUUCCAUUACACCGGGCAGCCGCUGAAACUCGCCCGCGAACGCGUGCGGUUGAGUAUGGGCGCGUUGAAGGUUCUGGGGGAGUAUUGGCCCAUGGGGCAGCGGACGUAUAAGGAGGUAGGGAUUAUCGCGAGGGAGAUUCUGGGAUUGAAGGAGCAGAGUAGUAAACAGGGUGUGGAUGGAGAAGCGAGCCAGGAGUCAGUGAGCGAGACGAGUCCUGGAUCUGGAUUCGUCCCUAGAUCUGAGCCAGAGCCAGAGCCUGACUUCGGGCCUGCAUUUGAGGCGCAUAUGCCUGAUGUCUCGGUGUUUAUGGAUCAGCCGUCGUUUGCGGAUAUCCAGCUGCUGGAUACGAAUUUUGACUUCUGUGGGCUGUUUGAUAUGAAUGUGCCUUCUAUGGCUGCUGUCUAG